GUAAAACAAGAUGGCGGAAUAAGAUGAAUAUAUUUUUUGUUGGCCAUUUUCUUACCUUAAUAUUAAGAGGAUCUUAAAUGUUAAGAUGUCUUCAGAUAGUGAGGUGUCAAUAGCAGUCCCUGGAGAGAGGUUAGGUAGUUUAGAGCAAUUUCAGGCCGGUAAUGGCACGUAUAUUCGACAUGGAUAUGUAUACUCAUGUUUGGCUGGUAUCAAACACGUGCGACAAGAAACUCAAAAACCUGUGAUAAGUGUUGUGAGAGAGGAACAAGAAAAUGUUGUUCCAGGAAUAGGAUCCAUCGUAACAUGCAAGGUUACAAGUGUAAAUCCGAGGUUCUGCAAGGUGGCUAUUCUUGGUGUACAGUCUACUGCACUCAAAGAAUCCUUCAGGGGAAUGAUAAGAAAAGAAGAUGUACGAGCCACAGAAAAAGACAGAGUUGAAAUCUACAAAUGUUUCCGACCAGGUGACCUUGUCCUUGCAAAAGUGACUUCCCUUGGUGAUGCACAUUCCUACCAGCUGUCAACUGCAGACAAUAACCUGGGCGUGGUGUUUGCUAAAAGUGAAGCAGGUGCAACCAUGAAUCCAGUUAGUUGGUGUGAGAUGCAGUGCCCAAAGACCAUGGCAAAGGAACCAAGAAAAGUAGCUAAAAUAUCACCACAUGAGUAAAAUAAAAACCCAUGCCGUAAUGCUCUAACUCCAUGGAUGAAUUUGUCACACUUAAUCUCAGAAUAACUGGCGUUGACAAUUCAUUACCCAUAUCUAGAUUAUUUUACUCUGUAAAUAAACUGUACAGACAUGUCAAGUCGUCUGGAAACUGAUCCUGUACUUUAGCCAUUAGGUUUCUUACUGGUGCUAAGAGGAUUGUACUUAUUUACCAUGCUUUUGUCUUAGUGUUUGUUCUAGACCAACUUUAUUUGAAUAACCUAGUCUAAAAACUACGGAAAUUGUAUAGAUUUCCUUCCUUUCCGUGAAUAGAAUUCCGAGAAACUUGGAUUGUAAAGAAGACUGGCAUUUACCAGGACUGUUAGAGAGGAAGGUCUGGAGUACUGUAGUUACAGCAAACGUAAUAAAAUAAAUGUAUAAUAUAUCGGCGUA